AUGUCGGCCGGUACUCGCCGGACCGUCAAAGGUGCUGGCUCUGGCACUCCGUCAAAAGGAGCGUCAGGCGGCAUGACGGCCGGGAAGAAGCGAAUGGCCGCUGUAACGGAAAAGGCGGUCGGGCUGAAGGAUCGAUUACGGGUGAGUCCCAAGGCGUCUGAAGAAGGAGCACCUUACACCACCCAUCCCUUUCUCCCUCACUUUCCCGCCACUCCCAUCACUCUCCGUCACUCGCCAUCACUCCCCUGCCACUCCCCGUCACUCCCCCGCCACUCGCCACUCCCCGUCGCUCCUCGUAACUCCCCGUCACUCCUCGUCACUCCCUGUCACUCCUUGUCACUCCCCGUUACUCCUCGUCAAUCCCCGUACUCGUCACUCCCGGUCACUCCUCGUGACUACCCUGUGUCGUUCAAGAUGGGUGCGCCGAAUGCGUGUGAUCUGCAGGAACCCGCCGCUGACAGGAUCGCUCCCCAUCACCUCAUAUCCAACCCUCCUGUUCCUCGUUUCCCGCCCCCUCCUUCCCCCCAUUCCCCUUCUCGAAACUGCCCAAGAGAAGGGAAUUUGAAUUGGUUUAGAGGCCACUUCUUUCAUGCCCUACCCUCCGCCCUCCCCUCAAUCUCUCCAACACCCCACCCCCCCUUCUUCUCCCCCCACUCCCUUCCCCUCUUCCCCCCCCCUUACGGCGCAACGUGCGCGGACAGCAAGCGAGGGAGGAGGUGCUGGAGCUGCGGCAGGACGCUUGCGAUCUGCAGGAGUAUGCCUCCAACCCUACCGCCCUCCCCUCAACCUCGUCCAAACCCAACCCCCCUACCCCCCACACGUCCCUUCCCCCCACCAGCAAGCGAGGGAGGAGGUGUUGGAGCUGAGGCAGGACGCCAAGCGAGGGAGGAGGUGCUGGAGCUACGACAGGACGCGUGUGACCUGCAGGAGUAUGCCUCUGCCAAGCUGAUGCGCGCGCAGACCUACCUGCAGCUGCUCGCCAAGAAGGCCCACGGACUCGACCAGGUGGCGCAGGAGGCGGAGUCCAAGGUGGCACCUCUCAAGAAGGAGCGUCGGCGACUCUUCAACAGCCUCAUCCAGUCCAAAGGCAACAUACGAGUGGUGUGUCGGGUGCGCCCGGCAUUCGAGCACGAGGACUCGCUCGCACUCUCCUUCCCAGACGAAACCACCAUCCGCAUCAACCCCUCCGCCCCUGCCACUGCUGGCACUGGUGCGGCCGGUGCGGCUGGCGCUGGCGGUGCGGGCAGUGCAGGGUCUCCUGGGUCCUUGGGUGGUGGUGGUGGGGGUGGCAGCAGCGGGCUGGCAAAGAGGGACUACGAGCUGGAUCACAUAUAUGGGCCGCAUGUGGGGCAAGGCGAUCUAUUCGUGGACGCAGUGCAGCCCAUGGUGCAGGCUGUGAUGGACGGCUUUAACGCCUCCAUCAUUGCCUAUGGGCAGAGCGGCUCGGGGAAGUCACACACCAUGGAGGGCCGGUCCCACGACAGGGGCGUCUUCUACCGAGCGUUUGAUGAGAUCUAUGACCUCGCACUCUCGGGACUAAUCCCCACACGACUCCUUCCUCCACCCCCCGCUUCCCUCCCCCCCUCUUGCGCCAUUACAGGAGGGCCCAUCUCACGAUCGUGUGGUGGCGGGGGUGGGGAGAUGGAGGGUGGUUGCGUGGGGGUUCUGGGGGAACAGGUGACUCUUGAGUCGACUCAAAAAACAUAUGCCGCUGCUUCCAGCUACUCCGCCCAUGUCAGCGUGCUCGAGAUGUUGAACGGGCAGGUGUGUGCUGGGGGCCGGGGAGGGGUUGGAGGGUGGGUGCGUGGGGAGUCAGCGGGAGAAAUGAGGGAGAGGUGGAGGAUUGGGAGAGGGGAGGUGGGAGGGUGGGUGGGUGGGUGCAGAUGUGCGAUGAGAAGAAUUGUCAAGAAUAUCCUGGGGCUCAGGGGGAACAGGGGCGGAGGGCGGUACAGUUGUGCACUGAGCGACCUGGUGGGGAACCCCCUGCUGGCCGGCCAUGGGUCCUUGGGGAAGGUCCAACUCGUGCAUGGGGGGGCGGGAGGAGGCGGCGGAGCAGCAGCAGGUGGAGGAGGAGCAGGAGGAGGUGUGGGGGGAUGGGGGGAGGUGGAGGUGCGGGGAGUGAGGGAGGAGGCGGUGAGCAACCCGAUGGAGUAUGCCAAGGUGGUCAAGACGGCUCUGCAGCACCGCGCGGCGGGGGGAGGUGCAUCUGGGGGAGGUGGGCUUGUUGGCGACAGCAAGGAGCGCAACAAGCUCUCCCACUUGGUGGUGAUAGUGCGAGUGCAUCACGACGACCCAGUGACGGGAGAGCAGCAGGACAGCAAGCUGCUUCUGGCGGAUCUCGCCUCCAGCGAGCGCCUCCUCGCCUCCUCCUCCGCCUCGGGGGACAGGCUCACUGCCUCGCUGCACGUGCAAAAGUCCUUCUCAGCGCUAGGCGACUGUCUGUCUGCUCUCACGGGGAAGCACCCCACCGUGCCCUAUGGCAACUCCAAGCUCACCACUCUGCUCUCCGACUGCCUUGGAGGCGAGGCUAAGACGGUGGUGGUGGUGACAUGCAGCCCGUCGGUGAGGGACGUGGCAGAGUCGGCUCUCUCGCUGGCCUUUGCCGCUCGCUCGCGCAACUCCGAGCUCAGCCUGGGCACGCGGGAUACCAUCAAGAAGUGGCGCGACAUGGCAAAUGAUGCACGGAGGGAGGUGUUUGAGAGUGAGAGGCAGACGGCAGAGGCGCAGCAGGAGGUGCUGCGGCUGAAAGACGCCCUGAGGGCGAGCGAGCAGACGGGGUGUGUGCUGCUGACCGAGCUGCAACGCGCCUGGGCCCAGGCUGGCCUGGUGGAGGCUCAACACCACUCUGAAGUGGAAAGGCUCAUGGCUGAGGUGGCUGCAGGGGUGGAGGCACAGCGGCGGAUGGAGGAGGAGUGGGAGACGCGAGCAGUGCUGGAGGGAGCGAAGACCGUGAGGGAGCAUGAGGAGGAAAUGGAGCGAAUGCAGCAGCAACACAUCGCAGAGAUAGAGGCGUACAAGGUCCAAGUGGAGCAGCUGCACGGGCGGCUGGCAGAAGCAGCCGAAAUGGCGGCGACGGUGGCGGCACUGCGCCGCCCGCAGGAGGACUCAGCAGAGGUGGCGGAGCUGCGGCAGCGGUACGAGGCGGCGGUGCAGAAGAUGACAGCUUAUAAGAGCGAGCUUGAGAAGAGCGAAGUGCUCACUAGGGAGCUCAAUGCGGAGAAUGCCAGUCUGCUGUCUCGCCUGGAGGCCACCAACAGUGCACUGGCUGCUCUCGAGAACUCUGCCCUCAUGAAGGUGGAUGCCCAUGUGCAGGCCCAGGCACAGGCACAGGUACAGGCACAUGCACAGGCACAGGCACAGGCACAGGCCGGGCAGGGACAGGCAGUCACUGCAAAUGGCACAGCGGGGCACGGGGAUGGAGGAGCAGGGGCAGGCGAAGGCCAGGGCGCUCAGCAGCAGGGGCAUGGGACUGAAGGGAUGCAGGGGGGUCCGACUGCUCCUGCCGCUGCUGCUGUUGUGAGAGUGGGUGCAGGGGGCUUGCAGUCGCAGCAGCAGCAGGGGGUGGGUGGUGGGGAGUGGGAGAGGCGGAGGGAUGAGGUGGUGGGGCGGAUGAAUCGGGUGAUGGUGGACGGGCAGAGUGAUGCGGCUGCUCUGGCGGAGGAGAGCAACGCGUGCUUGAGAGAGGUGCGUGAUGGAGAGCGGUGCAACAACAUCCUCGCUCCAACUCUGGCCCCAUUCCCCCCUUCCCCCCCAAAUCCCUCCUUCCCUUCCAAACCCCUCCUUCGUCCGCUCCGCUUUUCUCCCUAUGUGGCCAAUCAGAUGCUGAUAGCUGUCGCAGCCUUGCCAGCUGGCAGCGAGGAGGAGGGGCGGGCGGCCGAAGAGGUGCGGGCGGCGGUGGUGGCGCUGCUGGCGUGGGCGCACUCCAAGGCAUUGUCGCUUGAUUGGCUGGUCGUGUCCUGCGCCCGCCUGCUGCUGCUGCGCGUGCUGCGCUCCAAGUCGGCCGAUGUGCAGUCCAGUAAAGUGAGUGUGGGACAAGGGAGCAGCAGGUUGGGGAAACUAGGGGGACUCAAAUGA